AUGUCGGACUCAUCGGACGAUGAUUUGGUUUUGUUAGAAAAUGUUUAUUUAAAAAUGCGAAAAACAGCUAUACAUCCUAUAAAUAGAGAAAGGAAACGUUUCGGAGAAUACCAUCAUUUAUUUGUAAAAAAAAUUAAAUUUGAUGAACAAAGAUUUUAUACAUAUACAAGAAUGAUUCAAGAAACAUUUUAUUACAUUUUGGAUUUAGUGAAAAACCGUUUGAUGAAAAAUUGGGGCAAUUGGCAUAAACAACCAAUUCUUCCAGAAGAAAGACUUGUUGUCACCAUUCGGGCACAGGUCUUCCCUAUAGAGCGAAUAGGGAGAUUGGGCCAUGACAUGACCUACCACGCGGGCUCAGUGGAAAUAGGCGCGGAUUGGUGGGUUCUAACGACUGUAGAUGCAGCAGGGACCAACGGCUUAAAGUGCCUUCCGAAACACGGAGGAGCUCGAGAUACCAUACAAAUCCCACAAAAUAUGCUGUUCGGAGUCCUGACAUGUUUGGUGUUGGUUCUUGGUUGCGUCUGCGCAGCGCCUACAGAUGAAACAGUCGAUACUGCCAAUGUAGUAUCUACUAAAGAUCAACAAAACAAUGACUUAAAUGCCGACGCUAGUACAUAUCACGGAGGAUACCCCGGUCGCAACUACGUUACCCACGGCGUAGUUGGUGUUGUUGGUUACGGUUACUUGGACGACAAACACACCCCAUAUCACGGUCACGGCGGUACUUACGAUUACAGCGGAUAUGACAGAGGGGGUUACGAAGAUUACGACGGUUACGGUGGCUACACAGGAGGCUAUAAAGGAUACGGAGGAGGUUAUAAGGGAUACGGAGGAGGCUAUAAGGGUUACGGCGGAGGCUACAAAGGUUACGGCGGAGGCUAUUCUGGAUAUGACCAAGGCGGAUACGGGGUGAAUUCGCUCUAUGGUAACGGCGGCUAUGGAGGUUACGGAGGCAACGGCGGCUAUGGAGGCUACGGAGGCAACGGCGGACAUCAUUCGUACUACGGUUACAACAGUCCUACAUAUGAGGGCGGAUACCAUCUUGGCUAUGGAUAUUAUGGCAAGAACAGAGGUCACGGCAAUAUUUACCACAGCGGUAUUACGCCCAGCCUUGUCACAGGUUACAGAGGAUACUCUAGGCGAUAA